CAAUCAUAAGUCAGGUGAAGCUAUCUCCUCUCCAGCGCAGCAGGGCGGUUUGGUGGCUGCGCCGAGGGUAUAUCCCUAUAUAAAGAGUGUCAUCCCUAUACCAGGACGCUCAUUCUAACAACAACCACCAACAGGUCACAACAUCUCAAGCAGAUAUACUUUACUUUUACUGUUCUUUUCGAGGACUUUCCUUUCGAUCUACAACAUGAGAUCUCUUUUAUCGAUAUACAUACUAAUCUGUAUAUGCUUCAAAUGUAUGGUAUCUUCUUCGCUUGUAACCUCCCUUGAUGGCGAUAAAUUAAAUGAAUUUGAGUACAUCUUAAAAAGACAAAGAGUCGAUAAUUCUGAAGGACAGGAUUCGAAAGAACGUCGAAGUAAUAUGGGCUCGUCCUUCAUAAGAUUCGGCCGUAGUCAAUCUGAAAAUGGUAUAGACACUGAAACGGAGGAAGUGAAAGUUGAUAGACAUCCACGGUGGAAAUCGCCGGAUAUUGUUAUUCGAUUUGGUCGGUCGGAUAUAAAAAAUGUUCAGCCUGGUCAAUUCUACGAAGAAGCAAAUACUUUGAAUGUUAUCAGGAAUGAAUUAUAUUCUAUAUGCUCGGAUAUGUUAGUGGCUGCAACGAGUGGUAACAAGGAUGAACGAUCUUACAUACCAAGGAUAUUACGUUUUUGUAAUACGAUAGGAGAACGAAUAAAUUGAAGCAUCUACGUACAUGCAUAUAAAUACAUACAUACAUACAUAUAUAUAUAUAAGUGCGAUACUAUAUACCGAUAUUACGCGACUUCUAUGCAAUUUUGCGGCAAAAACUCGAAAAAAUUCAUAGCUAAACGAACUUAUAAUUUUUAAUGUAAACGAUUAAAUCAAUUCAACACGA